AUGCACCGACUGUCAAGCAUGGCCGACUUGUUGUUAUUCCUGUCCUGUUUUAUUUUUCAAGCACCCUCGCUGUCUCUCGCCCGGCUCCUCCGCGUAAAGUGGGCGCAAGUCGAAAGUUCGUUGCCGAGCUCUGCACCUGUCGUGUUUCGCCAGUCACACUUACGACUCACGCUCACGACUAAUAGCCAACUCGUGUGUCGAAUAGGGAAUCAAACCAUCUUAUCGUUCCUGAGCCUGCGCCUUGCCAUGGCGCUUUCCUCCAUCACAUUCGGUGGGCCAUUGCCAGCGUCUGGCCGCUCGUAUGACAGCACCCUCUGUUCAAAAACAAGCAGAACAAGGGUUGCUCGCUAUCAAGCUGAUCGCGUGUCGUGUGCCUUCCUCUCCCUGUCCAAAUCAUCCUACAGCACACACCAGCACCGGUGGUAG